UCAGGGUGGAAGCGGCCUUGGUUACCGCAGUUGUUGUUUGCUCCCAGAAUGCAUUUGGAAGAGGCCUGUGGAAGAUGGUGACCAACAGACAGACAAGCUUCGCCUCUUUUGCAGGAAAACAUGGAGAAGCACCAGCGCAACACCAUUGUGUUCAACGCUUCUAAGCGGGAGAUGUUUACAGCGAGUAGCGGCUACAAAUCCCUGCAGAAGAAGCUGAAAACGCACUGGAAAAUCCAGAGUUUUAAAGAAGAGAUUUCGGAGGAGAAGCUGAGAGGAGUGAAACUGUGGAUCACAGCCGGACCCAGAGACAAAUUCACUGCAGCUGAAUUCGAGGUGCUGAAGAGAUACCUGGACAGCGGUGGGGAUAUCCUGGUCAUGCUGGGUGAAGGUGGGGAGCUCAAGUAUGACACCAACAUCAACUUUCUGCUUGAGGAGUUUGGAAUCAUGGUGAACAACGAUGCUGUGGUGAGGAAUGUGUAUUAUAAAUAUUUUCACCCAAAAGAAGCACUUGUAUCCAAUGGCGUCUUAAACAGAGAGGUCAGCCGUGCUGCUGGGAAACUGGUGACCGGAAUCAUUGACGAUGACAGCAGUGGGAAUAACUCGCAGGCGCUUACCUUUGUGUACCCUUAUGGAGCCACUCUUAAUGUGAUGAAGCCAGCUGUAGCUGUACUCUCCACAGGGUCAGUCUGCUUCCCACUCAACCGCCCUGUGCUCGCCUUCUACCAGCUCAAGCAGGGAGGAAGGCUGGCAGUACUGGGGUCCUGCCACAUGUUUAGUGACCAGUACCUAGACAAAGAGGAGAACAGCAAAAUAAUGGAUGUCGUUUUUCAGUGGCUUACUACAAAUGAGAUUCGCCUGAACCAGAUUGAUGCUGAAGACCCUGAGAUCUCAGACUACACGAUGCUACCAAACACAGGGCUUCUGUCAGAGAGGCUGCGGGUGUGUCUGCAGGAGGGGGAUGAGAACCCACGCGACUUCACCUCGCUCUUUGACAUGUCGCUUUACACGCUGAAUACCAGUGGGCUGCCGCAGGUCAUCAAAGCCUUCAAGCAGCUGCAUGUGAAGCACGAGCCUCUCCAGCUGAUUCAGCCGCAGUUUGAGACGCCUCUCCCCACACUGCAGCCUGCUGUUUUCCCUCCCACUUUCAGAGAGCUGCCCUCACCGAAACUUGAACUCUUUGACCUCGAUGAGAACUUCUCCUCAGAGAAGGUCCGGCUCGCUCAGCUUUCAAACAAGUGCACUGAUGAUGACCUGGAGUUUUAUGUACGGAAGUGUGGAGACAUCUUGGGAGUGACCAGCAAACUCGACAAAGAGCAGCGAGAUGCCAAACACAUCCUGGAGCACAUCUUCUUCCAGGUCGUGGAGUUCAAGAAGCUAAAUCAGGACCGUGACUUUGAUACAACUGAGGCAGGAUUUUCUCCCUUCUGAAACAGAGAUUUGAGGUGUGGCUCCACUGCUGACUCUUCAUACAGACUGCAUCCCUAAUUAGGCAUGCUGAGACUGAACAGCAAAAGGGGCUUUGUUCCCUCUUUUCAUAAACGGAGUUUGCUUUUGAAAUCAAAAGUGCAUUUCCCUGCACACUUGUAUUAGCUAUUUCCCUUUAUUUUUGUGACAUGUAUUUAUACUUUACAUGUACAUAUCGUAAAAAAGUGAUGAUGGAAUCUAUUUCCACCGAUUUUAUCAUCAAGGAAAAUAUUGUGCAUUUAAAACCACCCACACACUGCAGAGAGAGUCAGCAUUGCUCCUCAAAAUGUAGCAGCUAUUAGCUGGGAGGGGUUGUUUUCCAGGAAAAGCCAUGGCCUCAAACUGUAGAUUUAUGUCUCUGUAUGUAUAUAUUUAGAGUUUAGUUUUUUUACUUAAAUGUAUAACAUUGUGCAAUGGCUCAUUACACACACUUUGUACAGAAACAUAUUUUGUAGCAUGUAUAUGUAAAGUAAUAGAUUUCCUGUUCAUCAAAUCAAGUGUUUUUGCAGAAAUACUAUCCACUAUGUAUGCGUUACACUAUUCCCUCCAUAUGCUGCAAGACAUCCUGGACUAGUUGUAGUUUGUUCAGAUGCCCAGUCUCUUUACAGGAACCUUGAGAAGAGAUUUAAUAAAUCUGCACAUGUACAGUGCAUUACCUCGGAUCAGCAAGAUGGAAACAUUCAAGUCCCUAUUGCUGACAUUAUGUGCAAGGCUGGCCAUGAUCUGUGAUUUUCUUGCAAUUAAACUGCACAAGUUAAGUGUUUUUGCUUUGGUAUAAAAAUCUUAAAUGUAAAUAAAAAAAAAAAGAACCUCUUGUAUGUAAAAAAUAAAUAAAUCCAAAGUAGUGCAUGGGAAGUUAACACUUUUAUUUCACACAUGUAUUCACACAAUAUAUUUAUUUAUUAAAAACAAAAAGUUU